AAAGAAGACGGUGUCAUGUAUGGAAGCUACAGUAGCAUGAAUUGCCCAAAUGGAAGCUACAGCAUUAAUCACCUCAUAGAAAUAUCAAUAUUCGGGACAUGAGAUAUCUUAUGCCAAUCUUCACCAGUCUCCCUUGAGCAUCGUUUCUUUAAAUGAGGACAAUUUCUAAUAUAUAGCUCCUGUAAUCUUGUCAAGCGUUGCAUGCCUUCCGGUAAAGAUUUCAAAUUAUAGUUCCCACAUAACUCAAGAUGUUUAAGAGAUGUGAGGUUUCCAAGCGAGUGUGGUAGAGAUACCAAAUCAGGGAUGUCUUCGACUCUGAGGUCUUGAAGUGACGGAAGGUUUCCAAGCUCCUCUGGCAGCUCUACUAAUUUCCGAAGCUGUCGAAUGCAUAACUUCUUCAGGGCAGUAAGACAUUGGAUUCCGUCCAAGGAACGAAGCUCUCGACAUUGUUCAAUUUGUAGCACCUUAAGGGCGGUGAGAUAUUGUAAGCUUUGUGGUUGAAAGAGGGACGUCAAAUUCGAACACUGCCGGAUAACAAGAUGUCAAAGAGGAGUCAAGGCUUUUGGUGCAUGAAACGACUGUGGUAGAGAUGCAAAAUGAGGGAUAUAUUCGAGAGUAAGGUUUUCAAGUGAUGGGAGGUUUCCAAGCUCCUCUGGCAUCUCUUGUAAUUUCGGAAUAGCUGUAAUCCUUAACUCUUUCAGGGCAGUAAGAGCUUGAAUUUUUAAUUUGCAGAGCAUUACAUUUGAGCAAAUCGUGAUUCAAUCAGGUACGGAUGCUACCGGAGUGGCGACCGACAUGGUCUCCCUCAAUUCCACUGUAAAGCUAGUUUUUCGUAACACUGCUACGUUUUGCGGAGUGCAUGUAACGUCAACACCUGUUGAUCUCUCCUACUCUCAACUAAGUGUGGCCAGUGGCACCAUAAAGAAGUUCUAUCAGUCGAGGAAGAGCCAAAGAACGAUGACGGUAGUAGUGAUGGGGAAUAAAAUCCCUCUGUAAGGAAGUGGGAAGGGUUUGAGCAGUUCGACAGGCACCUUAACGGUGCCGGUGCCUCUCAAACUGAGUUUCAUGGUUUGAUCGAGGGCAUACGUCCUGGGAAAACUGGUCAAACCAAAGUUCCAUAAGACGAUCGAGUGUUCCGUGGUUCUUGAUCCUAAGAAAAUCAACGUCCCCAUUUCUCUGAAGAAUUCGUGCUAAGUAAAAUCAGAUUCAUGGCUGGAGGCGGCGGUGAACGGCGGCGAGCGGCGGCACUGAUGAAUAAAUUGAAGAGGGAGAAAAAGUUAACUUUUUUUGAAAUUCUUUUGAAAGUAUUACUUUUAGUGAUAUUAGGGCCCUAAAUUUGCCCUUAUCUGUUAUAAAGGAAAGAGCUUUAUAGAAAAUUCUAAUUUAGUACCUGAACUUUAAAAUGUGACAAUUUAGUAUUGGAACUUUUAUUUUGUGAUGAUUUAGUAUUCAAUGAUAACUCACCGUCAGUUAGAAGAAUCAUGUGAUAUCACAGGUAUGGGUUAAAUAUUUUUAAAAUACCAAAACUAACCUUUAUGAAAAGAUAUGGACCAUUUUACCCUUUCCCUUCCUAUUUUCCUAAUCUCAUUUUCUCUUCAAUCUAGGUUGAACGAACGAGAUAGGAGAUAAGACUUCACUCAACUCCCCUUUUAGACUUCAAUCUGGGUUGAACAAAUGAGAGAGGAGAGGAGACUUCACUCAACUCCGACCUUUUCUCUUUAUUCCGUGCAUGCCCAUUCCAUCCCUUGCUCUUCAAACUUGGUUGAAGAAAUGAUAGAGGAGAGGAGACUCGGUUGUUCACAUGCAGCCCUUGAAGGAACGGCGAAGAAAAGUGGGAUGUCAUCUUCUCAGUCAACAAAUGAUGGUCAACUUGUUAGGUAUCUUAAAUACAAGCCAAAGGAUUGUAAGCGUGGAAGGAGGUCUGUCAUUCAGAGUAGCGUACCUCCGCCAUGUAAUUUAUUUCAAUGGGCAGUUUCCACAAACAUUUCUAGUGAAGGCAAUUCAAUAAUGAAUCAUCUGGAAAGCUACAUUGUAGAGCUUCAUGAACUGGUUGCUGAUUUUGACUGUCGUAUUAAGGCUAUGGAAUCCUACCAAGAAGUAGUUACUGAAGGGUUAAAGACCAUGAGGGUCUUACUCAUUGUGUUAAUUGCUGUAUUUUUUUGGCAUGUAUAUGUACAAGAAUUAGAGUUAUAUGUACAAGAAGUAGUUAAUGAAUUGUAUCUCGAUGAAAUUGUAGCUUGGAACUUGAUCCCUUUGUGGACGGAAAGGUUAAUAGAAUUUGGAACUCCUGAGGAUGACACUAGUUCCAUUGGUUCUCAUUCAUUGUCAAAGAGCCAUUUGCCUAAAAAGACAAGGGACAUGAAUAGGAGGUCAGCACUCUAG